AUGCCACGACUCAUGCCCGCCGGGAUUCCGCUACCAAAACUGGUUGAAAUGCUGUCACGUUACACUGUUCAUGCAGAUCCAGAAUUGAUCCAAUCGGCAUCACAAGCAUUGUUACGCAUUGCCGAACAAAUUGACAGUCAAACCGUGGUAACGGGCUAUGCACGUUUUGUGUAUCGCAUCGAAGACAAGUUCUGUGAUAUCCUUACGUCGCUAGCGGGUGGUCCAUUGACAGGAGGCAAUCAUAAUGGAAAUGGGGGCGUGAUGAAACUGUAUGUGGAUUUACUCGCCACUUGGGUGGAUCGUAUUGACUUGACACCGCUAAGGGAGCUGGACAUCACAUCGUCGUCGAACGGGGAGCCUCAUGGCUGUAAUGGGGAAGGCAAUGCAGCUGGCGAUCUUGCGGCGGAUGUUCACUCUGAUGUCUCUCGUCUGUUUAGUAUGGUGGAGGAAACGGAAGCCAACGGUCUAUUGUUCCUGUGCAACCAAUCGUCAGCCAUGCGACGGUCGGCUAUACAAAUCAUCAAGCUUGCUGCCGACCUUGAGACGCGAUUACGAGAACUGACCCAGGAUAAUGAAUCUGAACUGGCCAAACAGCUGGUCAAGCACUUUCCUACCGAGUGCAAAUACAACCGCCUUUACAACUUUUUGGAAUCCGCUGGUCAAGAUAUGCUUAAGUUUGACAAGGACACCAACAUGUUGCUUGGAUCCAAAUUGACCGUCGAAACAAGAAUCCGCAUACAGCAGCAUCAGCGACGUGCGUCGCCUAGUGUAUUGAUCCAGAUCAUAGAAAGCGACCAUCUAUGUGACUUGGCAAUAUGGAGCAUCUGCUAUCCAGAGAUCUUUAAGCAGAGUUUCCGUCACUUCCCUGGUACAGUGGCCUUAUGUCGGCAAAAUAUCUGUACGCGACUGCUGCAGAUCCAACCGUCUAUUCAAGGAUCACUUGAGACUGUCAAGGCGGGGACGGCGGGUACGCUGAGCAUGAGCAAAAGCAGUACGAGCCAAAAGAUUGCCAGUAGUGAGACGAUCGAGCAAUGGAAAAUGUACAUUGUGUUUGCAUGUGCCACCGCAACCUUGUCCGAGGACCGUUCACCUGUAGCAACAUGGGCUAGCAGCGGCAGGAAAGGCUCUGCUGUAGUCCAAAAAAUUGCAUCCGCGCACGACCUGUUUCGAAUGACGCUCCAGUAUCUUACUUGGGAGCACCGACCAAUUCGAGAGGCUGCCCUACAGGGCCUCGGCAACGUUAAUAGCGACGCAUACAAAAUCCUGGUAACCGACCUACAGAGUCAUGUCCGGAUUAUUCUAGACGAUGGAAAACAACGAAAUAAUCAAAAGCCGUAUCAAAACAAGCGAAGCAAAAAGCACGAUCGUUUACGCAUAUCACUGAUGCAUGUACUCGAAUUGACGGCCGGGUGUCUGCACCACAGAAAGUAUUUGGAGGACAAGGACGUUAUGAAUGUCAUAAUGAGCUAUAUCAAGGAGACAAAAUCGUUCUUGGCAGACAGCGAGAUACAACUCGAAUGGGAGUAUCACAAGCUGCGAGUGUAUCUUUGUGGUCUUGUUGAAAAGCUUUAUGAGAGGCUGAUGGGGCUGGAUGAUCCCACAAGCAUUAUGUCGUUUGAAACAAGACUGAGCUUGUAUAAGAUGUUUGAAGAAUGGUGCGGAUACGGUAUAUGUGCGAACGCGACACGGAGCCGGGAAGCCGCAAUGAUGAGAGACGUGCUUGAGCAAUGCAAGGAUAGCCAAGAACGAGCGAAUGCCACUCAAUUGAUGGAAGAAGAACGUAAGGCUUUGGAGACGGCAUCUUUAAGUGCGAUGGCAAUGUUAUGUCGUGGUCCACUUUAUGCAUUCCUCGGUCAAAAGAAGGCACGACAGGCUGUUAUCCAGUUUGAUAUGUUGAACGUACUGAAAUGGAUUGAUGCUGUGUUUGAAAGUCCAGAUCCCAAAUACCAUCCCAUUGCUAGACGGGCUCUGGAAGCUGUAUUAAUUUACAAUCAAGACCAACCGCUUCUGCUGGACGACAUCAUUGAGCAAUGCUAUGCAGGCAAUCCGAAGCUCGAAUUCACUCAAGGUUACUUUCUUGCACUGGCAGAUAUCGUUACCAAGGUCGAAGACUAUCCGUGCCACAUUCAUCAGAUCAUAAGCCUAGCAUUAUUCAAGGCGGGGGACGCUAAAAAGACUAUUCGCAAGUCGGCCAUCAACCUUCUGCGAGUGAUCGAAGACCGGGUGUUUGCCGAUUCAUGCGCAAAGGAGUACGAAAUCGGUAUUACGAGCAAUUUACCGACCAUUUACAAGCAUACGCAAACUUUGCUCUCUGCAAGACUGGCAGUAGAUCAUCCGGAGCAGACGUUCUCAAUGCUUUCCGAAAUCACGCAGCGCUUCGACAACAUCAGUUCCAAUAGCCAACGUGAGGUGCUUGUGUACAUGCUCCCCUGGUUGCGCAAGAUCGACCUGUCUGUUGGCCCACAGGAUACCGAACUAAGCGCCUCUGCAUAUAUGGUGUUAUCGAAUAUUUUUUACCUAACAAUCAAGUUUGGGGAUAACUAUGUCAAGGAGAUCGGUGCUUUAUGGAGCCAACUGGUCGACCAUGGUCGGAACACUCGAGCCAUUAUCAUGUUUCUCUUGGACAUGGGCCUCGAGAUGAGGAAUCCAUGGUUUCUCAUCCAUGCAAAGCGAGUUUUCGUCUGUCUCGGUCGAACACCGGCAUUCAGUCGGGUGGUGGAAGAAACUAUUGCUGAGAUUACACCUCGCUCGAUGGUUCCCCAGCUGAAGGAAAUCAGUAGCAAGUAUACGCAAGCAUUUCCGUUACUGUACGUCGCCGACAUAAUGAAGGCGCUGCCAAAAUACUCGAAACGACCCGUUUUCUCAAAGGGCCAGUUGGCAAUGGUGUUCCUCGUCGACUUGGCGAUCGAAGCUGGGGCAGAUUUAGCACCCCAUUUGCCAUUGUUAUUGCAUACAAUCUUUGUACAACUAGAUCAUUUGACAAGUAUCAUUUGCGACCAGUCUCGAUGUUUCCUUAUCAACUUGAUCCAUUCCAUCGUUAUACGCCAAUCCAUGGAUUCAGAGGCUUCCGCCAAGGCGACCGAACUGAUCCAAUGGCUUACUGCCAAGGAAGGCAAGCGGCUUUGGGCAUACGAAAACAUCACACCCAAGAACCGGCACUUGCAGAGCGCAGAGGAACUCGGUGAUCUUUUACAUAAAGUAGUCGACGUGUUCUCUCACGAAGAUCCGGACCUCCGGCAAAAAUGGGGCGAGACUGCGCUCAAGUGGGCAACUUGCUGCUCUGUUCGUCAUAUCGCCUGCCGAUCUUUCGAAUGUUUUCGUACACUGAUGCCGGCAUUCAAUCAACACAUGCUUGCCGAUAUGCUAGCACGACUAUCCAACACAAUCGCAGACAAGUCCGAUGAAAUACGAGGCUUUGCACUGGAGAUCAUCCUGACGCUGACAAAGGUGACGAAAAGCAUGGACCGAGCGCAGAUGGAGCAAUUUCCGCAAAUAUUUUGGGCUGCGGUUGGGUGUCUCUACAGUCCAUAUGAAGCAGAGCACACUGAGGCGCUGGUGCUGCUCGAGGUCGUGCUGGAAAAGUAUGGAUUCUGCAAUGAUUUGGCCGGAUGCUUCCCUAAGAACUGGGCGAGCGAGUUCGAAGGUCUGCAGCCGCUAUUGCUAAAAGGGUUGCAGUUUGAAUCGGCCGAGGAGAAGACAUUUUCGAUUUUGUCGUCUAUCAUGCUUAUCGAGAACCCUCCUCUAAUUGAUCCCUCAGAAACAAGGCUACUUUACCUCUUACUCGGUUCUUUAUGCAGGCUAUUGCAUGGACUUGAUGUCAGCGAAUCCUCUGACAAACCGGAUGCCUUUGCUAUCAAGCUUGCAGAUGAGCUCGCGCGACUUUUCGAAUGGUACUCGCUACCCGACGUUCACAGAAUACUUGCGACAUACCCCAAGCAAAAGAGCAAGUUCCAAGAAGACUAUCUCAAACAGCUAUUGGGCUCAAUUCGAGAUGUUUUCCUGAACAAAUACGCCAACCAAGCCACGAUGUUCGCGCUCUUGCUGGUCAAGAACAAACGAUCCUACUAUCGCGAGAAAGGACUCAUGAUUGUAGAAAAUCUUAUACCCUAUGUUAAAAAGAGCGACCCGCGAUCUGCAUUAACAGCAACAACAACAACAGCAACAGCAAUACCGGGUGGUAAUAAUACUGGGGCCGCUACAUCCACAAUACCCAUCGACAUUGCAACCCUUAGCUCUUUAUUAAACCUCGUCCAAACCGAGUAUGCAGACAAGGCACUCAGCAUACUGAACGCCGGCAUUCCUCGCGCACCCAGCAAUACCACCAACGCAGCCAAUGCAUUAUGGGGCUUUGGACCCGCAGCUGUCAGUCUCGCAUCACAGAUUACCCGACACAACGUACAUGCUGUCGUAUUCGAAUGUUCAUCCGUUACCAAUCAAGAGCCGAUAGAGCACAACAUCCAAUUUUCCAUAGAAGACUUUUCGCUACUCACGGGAGAGCCGCCGCGACAAGAAGACCAAACUGAUUCAAUUUCAGAUGAAGUCGAGGUGCCAACCACAUCCACAACCGCCACGGCUGCUACUACAGCUGUCGCACGUCCCGCUUACGGAGAGGAACUGAUUAACGCACUCAAGGAUCUUGAUGAUUUCUUUAACGAAGACGUAGAAACAUCAUUGUCCCCAUCCAGCUCCUCUUCUCGUAUUAACAUAUUAGGCCCAGAAUCCCGCAACUCUGGUAUUGGAUUUGAUUCUGAUAAUGAAGAAGAUUACGAUAUACAAUAG